AUGGAGCUUCUCACAAACAAAGCAGCCAGAUCAGGAGCAACCAAGCGCGGCAGAGGAUAUUUUAGAGGUCGACUGUCAUGUAUUCAGAUUUACAGCAGAGCUCUUACCAGGACUGAAAUAGCCGCGGUCAAGAAAAGAUGCUUUAAAGGAGGUAUAUAAUUUUGCAAUGAUGAUUGAGUAACACACAUUGUAUGUCCUCGUAAAUUUUGUGAAAUGAUUUCCAGGAGGGUACGCAAGUAUGAUGGUAACGGAAGGGGGGAGCCAAAUUGUUAUACCCCAGCAGCUUAAAUCCAUUUCGAUUCAAACCAGAAUCAACAACUAGCCAAAAACGUGAUCUUGUAGAUAAACUGCACCAAAGCGCUAAACCCUUUUACCAAUAAAAGUCACCCCAAAUUUGCUUGGCGAAUGGGAGAUUUCUUGUUUUUUUGCGGGAACUAUUAUUUUUUGCAACUUCCAGCAACUUUCAUUUCAGCUGACCAUAAGAUACACAGUUAUCGGUGCCAUCAAAGGAAAAUCAAAAAUCAAUACUUCCAAUUAGUGCCUCUUGGUAAACAUGGUAUCCUCACAUUUAAGUGAAUGCGAUGGUGAGAUGGACUUCAUUAAGGUGGCUCGAUAGGGUUUUUAGUUUGAGGAUAGACUACGUUGCCAUUAACAGAACAAAACAAGACCAAGUCCGUAGUACCCGAGGGGUAAUGCUAUAUGUGGUCUACAUCAGUAGGUAUGUACUCCCCAAUAGGGAAAGGUUUUUGAGGGUCCCUAGUCUUAAACAGGGUUAUUUUUUGCCUUUUGUUUGGCAUUGUGUUCGCAGUUUGAUCCUUAGAUAGGGUACCUAAACAGUAUCAGCUAAUUCUCAAGUCGUGAAUGCCCAGCUGCAAUAGAAGCAAAUCACCUGUUAAAACUGAAUUGUCCCUUAGAGUACUAGGGGUAGUAUUAAAUCACGUAAUUUAGUAAAUUCCUACUUUAGUUUAGUUUCCUAGUAGAUUUUGCAUUCGUAGUUCUGUUAAACCCGCUUAUAAUAUGAGCCGUGUCUAGAUGCAGAAUGUCUCAAUGGACAUCCCAAUCUCAAUCUCCCAAACUUAACUGCUGUUGCUUUACGAGGCUUUUUGUCUAUCAGGUAGUCGUCGGGGAUGAUAUUGAACCUACUGUGUAACUAAUAAAUGUUUGCUAUUUUCGUAGUUGGAUCAAGGCCAACAGGAAAACCUUCUACUGGUAGGUGAAGUGUGAAAUAUUUUUUAUUAUCUUUUAGCUACCUGUAAUAUUUUUAAAGCUAACUAAUUUAUCCUGUUUUGUUUUAAAAUAUGCAGUUACUCCAGUACCCGUAGCUGCCUAUCCUCUCAGCGGCAUUCUCAAAGGAAAAGACAUCUCUCCAUUUAAGAAUCCACGAGCUAAACUCCGAAACGUUAAGUCGGUCAAUGGACCAGACGGUCUUCCCUCUGGUGCCAUCGAGUUGACUGGACGAAGAAACAGCUACGUUACGUUUCCAAACUACGGUAAACUGGACACGGUGAACGAAAUAACCAUCACAGUUUGGGUAAAGCCCAGAAGCUCUGGACCCAUCUUUCACUACAAGCCAAGGACAUGGGGCGGAGUACACGUGUGGGUCGUUGGGGGACGCAGGAAACGGAAAUGGUUUGUUCGAUUUUCCACGCGGUCUGGUAAGAGAGUGGUGGCUGUGAGGAGCAGUCAGAUUAAGAUGGGACGGUGGAACUACCUAGCUGUAACGUAUAAUAAAGUCAAAGGAGUGGGGACUAUUUGGAGAAAUGGUUUCCCUGUGGCUCAGGUAAGACAGGACACUGUUACUGACUCCUUCCAGUUCCUCAUAAUAGAGAUACUCACGCUGACUUCACCCUUUGAUAUUAAUGUAACAACCAGAUGCGCAUUGGUUCUCGUAACAAAAGAUCAUUUUGUUUCACUCGUGAUACAUUUGAAUAACAAAAACAAUGUUUUACUAUACCCACAUAGAAUAUUUUAAAAGUCGGUUCCAGCCCAACACAGUGCACUCUCUUUUUACCGCUUUGUUAACAAGCGUGUCACAUUACGAAUUACAAUAUAACAUCUUUCACGUGCCUCUUGUUCAAUAGCCUGAGACCAGGCUUUUUAGAACCCCUUCCCUUAUACGGAGAGCCUCUUCAUCGGCUACUUAUUCACCAAACACAAACUACCUUCUUAUAUUUACCACCACAUAGUGCACAUUUAUACUCUGCUAAUCCUAGCUGAGCAGUAGACAGAACACGCUAGUAAAGGGAUUCACCCUGAAUUCUUUAUCUGGGAAGUCACGGGUGCGAACCCGUUGGGAAAUAAGAUCCCAAGGUAUACUACCCAAUAAAAAUGGCAGGGUGCUCCUCGAAAAUUCCGAGACAACCUUUAAUUGGUAUCAGAAACUCCUGUAUCGGUCAUUUUAGAUUAGAACAAUCUAAGCUGCUCCAAUCCAAAAAUUUUAAGCCCCCGAAGAUACACCAGCACCCUCUUUUUAUAGAACUCUUAUUUUCUGUUCGUCUCACAAUUGUUCAAAAUAGCGUCUAAGUAUUCGUUCGUGCAUUUUACAAUGUCAGCUUGGUUGAUUUUAAGCUUCAUGUGAUGUUUCUUUUUCUCUGGAUUAGAGACGUCUUGGUAGCUUCAAAUUGGCCACAAACUAUCCUGCUGUGAUGGGACGCAAACCAGGCGAUCGCAGAAUCUUUAGAGGCAGUAUUUCCUGUCUGCAGAUAUUUAAUAAAGCUCUAAUAGGACCUCAGAUACGAGCACAGAAAAGGAAAUGCUUUAGAAGAAGUAAGAGUUGUUAAGUAUUAUUAAUAUCAUUAUUAUUAUUAUUAUUACUAUUAUUAUUAUUAUUAUUAUUAUUAUUAUUAUUAUUGAAAAAUGAAAAUGAAUUUAUUUCACAUAUCAUUAAUAUUAUUAUUAUUAAUUCUCUUUGGAGUCGUGCUCUUUUCUCUUAUGAUGCCGAGAUCAUUCCAUGAACUUAGGGUAGUCAUAAGUCUCGUGGAUUACUUGAUGGAUAGUGACCUCCUGAGUGUGUGAACAGUCCCAAGGAGGACAAUCUUCUGAAGCUCUGUUAUUCCGAUGAUUCCUGGGAUCUCGCUGAUGUAGUUUUCAGUCCCCUUCUUGACAAGCCCGAGAGCCCGAAUGACCACUGGGACAGUUGUUGUUUUUAGUUCGCAUGUUUUCUCAAUUUCUAUUUCGAGAUCCUUGUUCUUCGAAAGUUUUUCUACUGUUUUUAAAGAAGCGUUUUUUUCAUUUGGGAUAGGCAUAUCUAUGAGCAGGCAGGUCCUCUUCUCCUUGUCUUUCACUACUAUGUCUGGUUUGUUUGCCUUGAUUUCUUUUUGUCAGUCUGGACUGGCAUGUCCCCGAGUAUAGUCACUGCACUUUUUUUAUUAUGGUUAUUGCUCGUUUACACUGUGAUAUAUUGGCAGUUAUCAAGUGUGAUUUUUCCUCUUUCCUCUUCUUUAGAGGAUCUGUAUUUAAAAUUGAAUGACGAAUUGAACCAGAAACUUUGUGAGCUAGCUUUGUGAGACAUCUAAUUUUCGUACUCUCCUUUUCACAGAGAAAAAGCCAAGACUUCCAAAACCGAAACCAGGUAUGUGGGCUAUUUGUUUUGUUUUCGAGUCUCAAUUAAUAGAGACCUUUAAAUUUCUAAAACAAGGAUGAUUACGAGGACUACAAUACUAAGUAGGGUGCGCUUGAACCAGUGUCAUUGGGGAGCUGAAGCAAAGGCGUUUUUGAGAGACGCAUGUCAACCGGAAGUAAGGACUUUUCCCCUUCAAUAUGUCUUGACGCUAUACAAUUUGUAUUGCUUAGUUUCUUUACACUUGUAGAGAUGAUUGAACCUGACUCGUCCCCAGUCGUCUCUCAUUAUUAGUAUUUGGCGUGGAAGACUAGAACGGGCUCUUAAACAAAGGGGAUGACGGGAAGGAAGAAGCAUAACCCAAGCGCUUCCCUAGUAAAUAAUUUUAAAAAAAUGCUCAGGAAUGUAAAAAGUGCACUUCCGGUUGACGUGCGUCACCCAAAAACGCCUUUGCUUAAGUUCCCUAUUUAACGUGAUUGCCGCCGUCAUUUUGUACGGGUCUUAGCGCGGAAAAUGUCGUAGUGGGAAACAAGUUAUCAAAUGUUAGACGUUCUGUUAUUUUGCGAUAAGGAGAGGAUUUAACCUCCUUCAAUGGAAAUAACCGUACUAACUUUUCUGAUGGAGAAAAAAAGCACAAGGAAGCUUUUUGGUAUGUCUAUUUUUUUUCUAGAUUCAGCGAAAAAACUGUAGGUUAAAUAUCGUCCUCAUAGUCGUCUUCGUUCUCUAAUCAAACGGUCUCUAAUAAAAGAAGAGCGGACAAUGGAAAUUUUAUAAGUGAAACAUCUUGGUUCAAUGUAAAUAUAUUCUUUUGCAGCUCUUCCGAUGCUUAUGGGGCUUUAUCCCUUUGACCCAAUUAGCAAGGGCCGAGAUGUGAGUCCUAAUAAGGCACCAAAUGCCAAGUUUAUCAACGUAGCUCUGACCCAAGGUCCAGAUGGCCGGGCUAACUCCGCUGUCAAGUUUUUUGGUCUUCCAAACAGCUACGUUCAAAUUCCAAACAACGGCAAGCUACGUGCAAAUAGAGCACUGUCCAUGUUUGCUUGGAUCAAACCGCAGGGGAAUGCAGGACCGAUCAUCAACUACAAUGUUGGCCCCGCACGGGAGACGCAUCUUUGGCUCAAAAAUCCAAGAACGCUUCUCGCCCGUUUUGUGAAGAUUGGAGGUGUGUUUACCCCCGCUGUUACCAAAACAGCUCUGAGGCAAAACGCGUGGAGUUUCGUUGGUGCAACAUACGAUGGGAAUUUCGCAAGGCUGUGGGUGAAUGGAAAGAAUUUGGCGACACACAAGAUCCCUAGAAUUCGUUUGUCGACGUUUGGGCCUAUUAGAAUUGGAGCAAAGAUAGGAGAUCCUCGCUACUUCAAAGGAGCCGUGGCCUGUGUGCAGCUUUAUCGAGUGGCGUUGAAUAAGAAGCAAAUUAAGAGAGCCAUGAAAGGAUGCAUGAGACGUAAGUUUACGGGGCAGCUAAGGGGCUGUCCACACUUGGUGUCUGGGAACCAGUAGUGGCGGAUCCAGGGAAUGGGGCCAGGGGGACCUCCCCACUCCCCUUAUCUCAGGGUCUGGAUGACCAGACCAGAGUAGCGUACUCUGACACCGAGCCCGAGGAUCAAAUGUGAACGCUGCCUAACAUGCACCCAUAUUAAAAAUAGGAACCUGAAGAUCCGAAGAUGGCAACGGCUGCGAAGACGUCGCUUAAAAAGUGAACUCGCAUUUUUUUUUUUAAUCUUGUCGCGAUUAUUCCAACUCACCUACUUUGUCAAAAUGUAGGCGGACUCUCCCAGAGUUGGAUUCCUAAAAACCAUGCCCAAUUUCAGACUGAGAGAGAGAAAAUUUUGCCGUGGCUUGUUUACGUCCUCCAUAAAACGUGAAAUUAGGCAUUUUCACGUGAUUUUCAAGUCGUGCAGUGAUGGCCAAGAAAUGUGCAAAAAUCCUAUCGCUAUUUUGCCGUAAGUUCCCGUCGCCGUCGUCGGAUCAUAGGUUCCAUAAAUAUAACAGAAACAAACUGAGUGAUUCUGCACCAACUAAAAUAUUUAAUGAUUUGAUUCAAGAGACGAUAAAUAUUCACUCUUGUUUGAUUACAUAUGUAAUUUUGGUAAUAUGGUCAAUUAGUUUUCAUUCAGUUAUUACACCGAGAGCAAUUUUUUUACAGUAAUUGUUCUGGGAUAUGAAUAAGAUAUAUAUCGUACAAUUUUACUUUGACGGCUUAUGUCACUGGAACUCGCGAGUUCGUUUCAAAAUGACGAGAGAUGUGCAACGCUCAUUUGAGUGUUGUGAUUAGUACAGCAAGGUAAGUAAGAUGAUGAGUGUAAAACUUUAACAAUGAAUAACUGCUUUUGCUUUUCUAGGACGCCCUCCUGUACCUCUAACCACUCCACGUCCGGCUCCACCUACUCAAGCUCCAUCAGGUAUGUAGUUGUUGCGGUUAAAUUUUAUCCUUGGUUAAAAGUUUAUUUUCCUGGUUUUUGUUGUUAUUGUUGAUUGUAAUGUAUAGGAAUAGGUUUGUAGCAAAGUAAUAUCAAAUUUCAACAAAGGGCAAAAUUCAACGCAAAGGUAGUUUACACUAAUGUACUUUAUGUGUAAAUACCGUAACAUUUCAGUAAAUAACCUACCACAGCGCCGUGCAUUAUAACAGGAGAAACUGAACUGACUUUUAACAUGUACAGACAAAAAAGCUGACGACUAUGGCGUCCACACCGUUUACAUUUAAGGCAGAGUGAUUUACCCCGUAUUGAAAACGGAAGAAUGUUUUUGAUAAAGACAUUUUUAGGCUUUUAGGUUGUCCUUUAAUAAACGGUUCCCUAUCCUUUUUUAGUUUCUGUUUGUAAAAACAGGCAAUUAAAUUCUUUUUACUUUUGAGGUGGAGUUAUCUGGAAAACAGAAGAGUGAUUUUGCUACAGAGACAUUUUCUAAUUUUAGACUUUUAGAUUACUCUCUAAGAAACGGUUCUCUGUCCUUUAUGUUUUUAAAAUAGACGGCUGCUUUUUGUGAUCUUUUUUUAUUUUCUUUUAUUUUAUUGGUAUCCAUAAUUACAACACUACAAAAAAAAAGCAUUACCAUAAAGAUUUACUGUACCGAUUUAAUGGUGUUGCUGUACCUUCUCUUUCAGUACCUGCGCGGCCAGUAAUUGUCUAUCCACUCAACAAGCGAUAUCGCGGCUUGGAGAAGCUGGGGAGAAAUCCUCCCGCUAUUCUCAUGGGAGUGAGGCUUGUCAAUGGACCCGACAAAAGAAGGAAAAGUGCAUACGAAUUACGCGGGAAACCCUACAGCUACAUCAAGAUACCAAAUGCUGGAAGAAUGGACACUAGAAAGGCAAUGACUAUCCUUAUAUGGGCAUUUCCUAAAAACCGUAUUGGACCCAUAGUUCAGUUUGGGAAUCAAGGCUUCGCUGUCAGGUUAUGGAUGAUGAGACGGAACAUGGUGUUUGCCGAGUUUGUUACAAGACAGUCCCGUAAGAAGAAGCCAUAA